AUUUUAUCUUCAACUCUCGAGGCUAUUCGCGGAAACCCAUCAGUUAGAAUGAGUCUGGCUUCAUAUUUCUGUUAAAAAUUAAGAGUCCCAAUUCAGUUUCAAACUUGUACGUCAACAGUCGUGUCAAUAAACCCAUAAACAAUUCCAGUGAAUAUCGUCUCAAGUGUAUACCUGUGCUUUUUAUCAUCUAUAAGUUUUGAACGGAAAUGGCUUCUACAUCGAUGAGGUGUAUCCUCGUCAUAUUUUUGUCUGCCGUUUGCUGCAACUGCCAAUCGGACAACCCCGGCGGUUCUUCUUCUUGGGCGAAACUGCAAAUCUCACCCGAUACGUUAAGUUCCAUGGAGUACGGCAACUUUCUCGUUGAAAUUUACGAACACGCCAAUAAUCACAAGGCAACGACAACUGCCAGCCAGAAAAAAUAUUUCUACUCCCCCAUUGCGCUGCUGGACAACAAAAGUGCCGUUAGUUCUUACAACAAGGUGACGAAACAACAAGAGAUGAGAUUCCGCAUCGAAAUGUGGAACGACAAAGUCCAAAAUGAAGUGGUCAAACAUUUAAAUGAAAUCGUCGGUCAUCAAAUCAAAUCAAAUAAAGUGACUGUCAUUCCCUUGGAGAAGGUAAUUCUCGCCAGCAAAAUACCCACAACAGAUUAUUCGCUAUCGCCAGUUUGGACGAACUAUGACAAGAGCAAAACUCUGAGACUUUCUCUGUCGUGUUAUGAACAGAAAAUCUGUGACGAACUGGCCAGUGAAAUGCGAUCCGACCCCGAACAAUUUGACCAUUUCAAACUCCUGUACAGUUUGUCAUCGCAGACGUUGCAAACCAAACAGACGACCAUCAGCAUCGACAGCGUCACUUCCGGUCAAAUGGUCUCGACUCUUUUACAGAAAUUUGGAGACAAAAACGAAAUUUUUCUGACGGCCAACGACGAAAAAAAAAUGUUGACGGAAACGGCCACCAAAAUUCGAAUGGACACAUUAGAUGACUCGGAGGUUGGGUCUCCGGACGCUGAAAUUACAAUCUAUUCUUUUUUAAAGGAUCUGCUGGUCUCGUCCAGGACGACCAUAAGAGAACAAAGUGACAAAAUGUGGGACUCGGUUUUCUGGAAUGAGGAAAAUUAUCGGCCGGACAAGACGACGAAAACUUUAAAUGAAAUCAUCAACACAAUGGACAGGGAAACUCAAAAGAAAUUGGCGGAUAUGUUUCAAAAAGCGGAGAAACAGUCGGAAAUAUUAGGAAAAUUAACUUCGAAUAGUAAAGAGACAAGACGAGAAGAUCAACAUCGCAAUAUUAAUUUUAAUGAGAAAUGGAAACUUGAAAAAAACUACUCGGAUGAAGAAAAUAAAAAUUUAGAAAAUAAAGAAAAAAUCCAACACAAUUACGACUCAAACAGUUGGGCCGACGUGGACAGAAUCAGUUUAAUCAUUUCAGAGAAAAUGGCAAACGAAUCUGAUGGUUCGAGCCAGGUCAAAAUUACGAAAGAAGACGUUGAAAAAUUAUUACAAGAAAGUUGAAAUCAUGUCCAA